AUGGCAAAUAUUGGUAAUCUCAUUCUUGAUGAAGAAGUAAUCGGCUACAUCUUAGCUAGUUUAGGACCAGGUCAUGGUGAUCUCUUCACCGCCAUCACCGUUCUGAGAAAUCAACAUACAAUAACUUUACAUGAGUUAUAUUCCUACCUAAUUGCUCAUGAGGCACAAUCUAGUGCAUCGAAUAAUGUGAUAGAACUCACAACCUCCGCCAACCAUGCUAUACUAGCAACACCUCUUGCACCUAUUCUGAGUUCUCGUAUAAAUACCAACGUAGAUACAUGCGCUGGACAAUCAACUCGUUUUUCAUCUACACCAAAUCAACAAGCUGCCAUGGAUAACUCAACUGGUACACCGGCGACAACCACAACAGCCGAUGAAACAACACCGACACCGCCUCCAUCUACUGAUACUACCAUCGUUUCGCUUGUCGGUGACACCCCAUCAACCAUCAACGAGCCUACGCUUUCAGACCAUACUACUUCAGUUGCCUCCACUUCAUCAUUAGGUAUUACAACUCGUAGUCGUGAAAGAAAAGUUUUUCCUCAAACAUUUACUGAUGGGACGGUAACUUACGAUGCCAAUAAAUGA